CCUAACAUGUGGCGAAAAAAAACAGCAGUGCGACAUGAGGAAGCCGAAUCUUGGAAGAAACCUUUGAUCAAAUUCGCAGAUCAAUUAACACAUCAAGGCAGAGGGAAGCUACAAUAGCGGUGAAUGCAUAUGUACUACAGCUAAAUGAAACUACAAUAGUGGUGAAUGCAUAUGCAUUACAGCUAGAUGAAGAUAUUAACGAGGAAGACAGAAAAGGACGAUGAUUUUUUGAGUUUAUUGGAAAAUGGUUGAAAUUAAAUCUGCACGAAGAAGCAUGAGCAAUCGGACACCGCAGCAAGGCAAAAGUACAUAUACAGAUAUAAUCGGUACUCUGCAAAACAACAAGAAGUGGGUCUUAUCAAGUACUAUUUUAGUAUGUUAGACUAACUAAUAUUAUUUAGAAAGUAUGUGCCCAUUCUUUUAUUCAUUUUGACAUCCUCCCUCCCAACCAUCUGGUGGCGCUAAUGCACCAACCCGCAGUUUGCCACCUGCCGAUAACCUUUAAAGAAGGAGAAGAAGAAACGCGGAAGGAAAACAAGCUUAGACAGCGUUAAGUCAGGUGGACACCGUCACAGUCUAACCUUCAGAAGCAAAUCAUUUCAUUUAGAUUUAUUUGUUUCGGGUAGUCUUAAAACACGUCAGCUUUGCGAGCCGACCUAGCUUAAACACAAGCUCGGCCCUCGGCUAAUGCUCCAUAAUGUAGCCCUCUGAACAGAUGCACACCGACGUUAGGCACGGGAGGCAUGCGAGGAGAAGCGAUCACACGGUUUCGGACGGACACCGCCCACUGAUGUACGACCACAGGGAUCCACCGCCGGGGCUGCAGUCUCAGGGAGCCGAGGGAGGAACAACCGACCAAACCAGGACCAGAAGAAAGUCCGGAUCGGACGCUAUCAUUAGUACGAUGGGAGCGGUCCUCCACUGGGUCCACGACGUGGCCUCCGUCACUCUCCUGAAAGCACGCCGGACUCUGCUGCAGGCCGCCAUCCUGUUCUGCGUCCUGCUGCUGCUGCUCUGGGUGUCCGUCUUUCUCUACGGCAGCUUCUACUACUCCUACAUGCCCACCGUGAGCUUCUCCACCCCCGUGCACUUCUUCUACACCUCCGACUGUGACGCCUCCGAGUCAGUCCUCUGCUCGUUCCCCACGGCCAACAUCUCCCUCAUCAAGAACGAGAGGGACCAAGUGAUGGCCUACGGUCAGCCGUACCGGGUCUCGUUGGAGCUGGAGAUGCCAGAGUCCCCGGUGAAUGAGAACCUGGGUAUGUUCAUGGUCAAGAUGUCUUGUUACACCAAGGGCGGGAGGACCGUCUCGUCGGUGGGCCGAUCCACGAUGCUGCACUACCGCUCCGGCCUCCUGCAGAGCCUGAGCACGUUGCUCUUCUCUCCCUUCUUCGUGACCGGGAUGGCCGAACAGAAGCAGCUCAUAGAGGUUGAGCUCUUCUCCGACUACAAGACCAACGCUUUCCAGCCCUCCAUCGGUGCGGUCAUCGAGAUCAUGUCCAAGCGAGUGCAGAUCUACUCCUCUCAGCUGCGCAUCCACGCCUACUUCACCGGCGUGCGAUACGUUCUGUACAACUUCCCCCUGACGUCCGCAGUGAUCGGCGUGGCCACCAACUUCGCCUUCCUCAGCGUCAUCGUGCUGUUCGGCUACCUGCAGUUCGUGUGGGGCGGGCUCCUGCCUCCGGAGCAGGUCCGGGUCCGGGUCAUGAUGGGGGACAACACGCGCAUCCAGCAGAGGAGGGAGGACGCUCGGAAGCGCAUGGAGAAGGAAAACUCUCAGAAGGACCUCGGCGCUCCUCAAGUGAUCGGACCUGCGAACGUGGCGUCUGGUGCCCACGAAGGCGGCACGGGUCCGCCGGCGUUUUCAACGGGGCCCCCGGAAGCCGCGGAUCCCCACGGGGGCGACGCGGCCGACGGCGAGGAGGAAGGGCCUCCCGGCUCGAGGGCGUCCGAGGAGGAUGUCGGCUCCGACGCGUCGGAUGGAUCCAAACGGCCUGGAGAGGGUGAGACGACACUCCGACAGAGACCCGGGGCGUGGAUGAGCCUGUGAAGCAUGCCGCUGCACCCAACACAAGCACUUAUAUAGUAUAUGCUCAAUGUUAACACAAAUGUAAUAGAUGCUUUGGGAGCCAACUAACUACUGCGUAUCGUCCUUGGCCUAGUUGUAACUUUUGACUUCUUCUCUGUUCGUUCUGCAUAUUGUUUUACCAUGUGUGUUGUUGUUAUUAUAACGCCCAUAUCAGAAGAUACGACAUUCCAGCUCUGGCGUGGCGUCAAGCAGAAUAUGAACUAACCACUCGGAUGUCAGCGUGACAUUUCAGCGCGCCCUUCAGAUGUCUGUCCAACUGCGUAUGUGGCGUAUUUCUCAUAAUCGCGGCCAGCCUUCGAUAGCGGAAUGCAGACAUCCCGACAUUUCUCCCGCGAUAAUACAAGCAGACAAGUCUUUUAUUUACCGGUUCAUGCAUCCGUGGACGGGAUUUUGUUUUUGAAAGUAGCCGCCGCGUACUUGUUACGGAGAUUAGAGACUUCCUAGAAUGUUUCACACCCUUUUUUUAAAGGUCACAGAUGAGCGAACCUCGUGCUGCUCUUUCACAGAGUCUCUUUCAGAGCGAUUGGAUUUGGAAAAUGUGCAACAAAACACGGUCUUUGUUUUUAAUUGCUCACUGUACAACGUAUGUGAAGCCUGAGGGAGACUUAAGACAUUUAUUUUACUUGUUCAUUCAGAGACGUUCCGUCUCAGUUUCAUGAGUGAUUUUUACGGCUCUUUUGUACUUUAGAGCUGCAAUGCUUUAACAAAGCAGGUUUUCAUUCCAUCAGCACUAUUCCUUUGUAUUCAGUAUCUGUUACACUGCAAUUUUAUUGUCGGGAAAGUGUUAUUUAUUUAGUUUUCAAAAAAACACCAAUAUUUUAGAUGUGUCUUUUAAGUUGUGUCCAACAUUAAGGAACAGUGUAAGAAGCAUGAAUAAAGUUACUGUUUAAUAUACUGGCCGUUAAAGCUGAUGAAGUCAAGAUGAUGCAGGAAUUGUUGGGAAUUAAGAACUGCCGCCAAAUAUUUAUCCUGCACUCCGGGGGAGCCAAGGGUUUAAGCCUCAAGGGAGCUUAUGCAAGAGUUUUGCAGGGGACAUAGAACUCUGUACCAAAGAGACUGUUGAGUGUGAUGCAGUUGUAUGAUGUCAUGGAAAUAUCCUUGCAAAUGCAUCUGAAAUGAUAUGAGUAGGUGUUGUUUAUGUGUUGAACAAAUUAAAUAAACAUGCAGUGGCUCACGU